CAAUUUCAACUCCAAAAGUCUAAAUUAAAAAAAAAAUCGGCGGUUUCUUGCGCGUCCCGCGGGCAAGAGCCGAAUACCUAACCUAACUUAAAUUCGACCUAACCUAACUAAUUAAUCUGCUGUUUAUCCGUCACUUACACGUCGCAGGGGAGCCCAGGGGAGUUCUAUACUUGUGACAAUUUUGAUUUCAGGCGAUGCAAUGGAGACCGUACCGAAAGACUUGCGUGGACUGAGAGCGUGUUUGGUAUGCUCAUUGGUUAAGACCUUCGACCAAUUCGAGUUUGACGGAUGUGACAACUGUGACGAUUUUCUACGUAUGAAGAACAACAAGGAUAAUGUUUUUGACUGUACGAGUUCAAACUUUGAUGGAAUGAUUGCUGUAAUGAGCCCAGAAGAUAGCUGGGUAUGCAAGUGGCAGAGAAUAAAUCGUUUUUGUAAGGGUGUUUACGCCAUAUCAGUAUCAGGACGAUUACCAGCUGGUGUCAUCAGAGAAAUGAAGAGCAGAGGAAUAAUAUAUAGGCCGCGCGAUACCAGUCAACGUUAAUUAUUCGAGAUUUCUAUGUAUGAUGUAAAUAUUGAAUUUUCCUUGAUACUUUAUAAUUAGAUCAAUCGAGAUACGAUCAUUGUUCAUUUUGUUAAGUUAAAUAUUAUACAAAUAUUCUUGCAUGGCCAAUUUAAUUACAACAUCGUAUGUCAUCCAGAAUUUCUGAAAAAUAUAAGUUUAAUAAACGAUUUAUAUUUAACGAUUUA